GUUGCUGAGUUAGCAUUCUCCUGUUAGCGUAAUCUACAGUACAGCUGGUAGACCAAGUCUACCCAUGAUUUCCCCAAUUAAGCCUGCCCCAUCUGUCUUCGCCCACCUGUUCUUCUGCCCACUCUCUACUACCAUCGGAAAGUCUGCUCUCUGUCGGCCCUCUCCACCUUCCCCCAACCCCCCGAGAUGCCCCCAGUCGCCGAAGAUGUGCUCGAAUUCGAGCCGGACGCCAGCCUUCUCGACAGCGACCUCAGCCAGGUCCCUGCCACAAAGCGCACCCUCACCCGGUGGGGCAUCGCCCUCCUCUGGUUCAGCAUGGUGGUGAACGUCCCCUCCUACUACCUCGCCGGCAGCCUCGUGGAUCUCGGCAUGUCCUGGUGGCAAGGCGUCGCCACCAUCAUCCUCGCCAACACCAUCCUCCUCGCCCCUCUCAUCCUCACCGCCCAUCCCGGCACCCGCUACGGCAUCUCCUUUCCCAUUCUCCUCCGCUCCGCUUUUGGCGUCCGCGGCGCCCACGUCCCCGCCCUCCUCCGAGCCCUCGUCGCCUGCGGCUGGUGCGGCAUCGAGACAUGGAUCGGCGGCCAGGCCAUCUUUCUCCUCCUCCCUCGCUCCAUACAGAACUCCUGGUACGCCCAUCCGAUCCACUGGCUCGGCACGUCGGCGCUCGAAUUCUCCUGCUUCAUUCUCUUCUUGCUGCUCCAACUGGCCAUUCUCUGGAAAGGCAUGGCCGGAAUCCGAGUGCUCCAGAACUACUCGGCGCCGGUGCUCCUCCUGCUGACCGGCUGGCUCUUUUUCUGGGCGUACUUCAAAGCCGGCGGCUUCGGAGAAAUGCUCUCCACGCCCUCCCGUCUCGGCCCGUCGCAAUUCUGGUCCGUCUUUCUCCCUUCCCUGACCGCCAGCGUCAGCGGCUGGUGCCCUGUCGCGCUGAACAUACCGGACUUCACGCGGUUCGCCGUCGGCCAGUCCGAUCAGAUCGCCGGCCAGCUGGGCCUCCCCAUCUUCAUGGGUCUCUACACCUUCAUUGGCCUGGCCAUCACUUCCUCCACACAAGUGAUCUACGGUAGGGUGAUCUCCAACCCAAUUCAUCUCUUAGCAGAGAUCGGUGGAACCUUUACCAUAAUUGUUGCCAUCUUGGGCAUCAGCCUCGCCACCAUCACCACCAACAUUCCUGCCAAUUUUGUCGCCCCUGCCAACGUUCUCGUCAGUCUCAGCCCUUCCACCUUCAGCUUCGUAGGGGGUGCUCUUUUUACGGGAUUCAUCAGUGUCGCCUUCCAGCCUUGGCGAAUUAUCGAAUCCAGCGAGAGCUUCGUCUACACUUGGCUCGUCGGGUACUCGGCAUUUCUCGGCCCAGUCUCGGGGAUUAUACUUGUCGACUAUUACGUACUCCGCCGCAUGGUGCUCGACAUGAAUGCAUUGUACUCUGCUAAUCCUCGAGGGCCAUAUUUUUACUCAAGAGGAUUUAAUGUUGCAGCGAUCGGUGCUCUGGUUGUCAGUGUGGCGCCUGCCAUCCCGGGUUUUCUUCAUAAGGUUGGAAUCCUGAAGGCAACGUCGGAAGUGUUCGUGGUUAUAUAUGAUAACGCCUGGUUCUUUGGCAUCUUUUCUGCAGCAGUAAUCUAUUGGGUCCUUUCCCGCUGGAGAUGGCCUCAGAGGGUUAAUACUGUUCCCUCUGUUUUGGAACCUCUCCAGCCUACAAUGGCUUGAUUCGUGUAACAUUGUUCAGAUUUCAAAUUCUACGUUUUGGGCUUGCAUUAUAAUUAUACGAUGAUUCUGCACGGGUGAUUGAAAGAGUACCAACUCAAAAGUUCUGAAUCAACCAUCUUAGCUGGUAUUCCAAUCAGUAUUGGGUUCUUUGGCGCCUACAUGCCAUAUCUUUAUAUGAUCCCGGCAUGUAUUAGUGUCAUUCAGUACAAUCUUGGUGUAGAUUUAUUUUUUUCCUAGGAGAUUAUGGUCCAAAUUAAAUGGCUUUGGUGGAGUCUUAUCUUCUGCAA